AUGGCAACGCAUGACCUCCAACAGCCAGUUUCUCGGUCAUUGCGAAGCGAGGUGGUCUGGGCCGGCGACAAGCUGACUGGAAAGUCCCGGCUUCCUCGGACCCUGCCGACCGAGAUUGGUCCAGCGACACCCCACCGCCACGGCCCUGCGCGUGCGCAGUGUGAGAGAGUUCGUUGCGCCUGCGCACAACGUCGCCGCUGCCGCCCACUCCGGAUCCGACCUCACCGACAGCGGAGCUGA